ACAUUUAUGGUUACUAUGAUUUAUCAAGUGGUGUGGUGGAAAAUGCGAUGAUUAUUAUUACGGACAAUGUGAUUCGGUAGUUUUUUAGUUAUCACUUUGGUAGUUUGUAGUUUUCAAAUUUUCAUCUAAUCAUCACUUCACUCCUGUACACAUACACGUACAGGUGCCCCUCAUCAAUUGAUGUGCCAUAGAUAUACCAGCUCCUGUGAUAUUUAACCUGUUGCAUUGCCUGUCUGACGCUCAAGUCAAAAAUCAUUUAAAUUGCUAGUACUGACUAGUAUUUUUUGACUCUGAUAAGGAUGUCGACUUGCACUGACGACGCCGAUAACUCAACUCUUCAUAUACAGGACACCACCAUGUCCCCGGUUCAAGAAGGACCGAUAUCUCCCGCGUCAUCCUGUCUGAGCAACCAAAAUCAAAAUGACGAAGUGCUUUUAGCGACAAUGCAACCAGUCAAUGUGAUGGAUCUCCACGAAACAGAGCACAUACACCACAAGUACAAUCAGCACCACCAGCAGCGGCACCACCAGCAUCAUCCGCACCAUCACCACCACCACCACCACCACCACCAUCACCACCAAGAGGAGGAGGAGGAGGAGGAGGAAAACGGUCGUAGUCCUCAGUCAAGUCCCUCGACAGGCUUAGGACACAAAAUGAUCGACUUGAUCUAUAACGAUGGCCAAAAAACCGUGAUGUACACCCACGACAAAGAAAUAAUCUAUGAGAGUGAAGCAGAUCGGGUCCAGGUAGUCGAAUAUCCUCCUCCGAAUCCUUCACCAUCUCCACCAGCGACCCCUCAAUCGACGCGAAAUCUCGUAAACGUGAGACACGCGGUAACCACCAACGUAGGAAAUACCGCGACCCUCCACCUUCAUCACUAUCCCCAGCUUCAGCUUCAUCAGCACGACGAAGAUGACCUUCCUCGAGGAGCAGCACCUUCUGGUGCUGUCAAUGGAAAUUCUGUUCCUACCAAUACUACGACAACUGUUUUGGUUUUGUCGGAACUUGUCGCUGCUGAUCCGUCGACCGCUUCUGCGGAACUUGGUUUAACAACUUCUGGACCUACCGCAACUCUUCGUACCGGUAGACGUAGUCGUUCUUCAUCAGACUGCGAAUCAAGCGUGGUUGGCGUAUCAGAGCAGUACGGGACGGCAGUAGGCCGUGAGUCAACAGAGGAAGAGGGUAAUCAUCAUCACCAACAGCAUCACGAAAACCAGGUUGACCCUGAGGACCCAGAAGAAGCUUCAAAACGUGUCGCUGCCGUUCAGGUUCAAGUCCAGGGCAUGGAGGGCGACUGGAGGGCGUACUGCGAGCAUCCGCUUUCAGUAGCUACCGCGGCCAUGCUCAACCUCCAGCAGCAGCACCAGGUCUCAGCGGUUUCUGGACACCCUGACGAGCAAAACGUUCCCUACGUCUACGAAUACUACAAGUUGCCCGAGAAGUCUUCUGAGGUUAAAUUACCGCCAACUCACGAGUUAUGGUCAACCGGAGUUAUGGGCCAGAAACUCCUUGUCGAGAGCGCCGGCUCUCGACUAGAGAAUUCGGAGAACGGAAGCGGUGAACUCCACCAUUUUCUGCACCAAUAUAAUCAGCAGUCGCCGAGUCCAAAUCAAAAUCUUCAAGGAAACAUCCCUUUGCCCCUCAGCCCUCAAUCUUUGAGACACGACGGUUCUUCGGGAAUCGGUAUCAAAAGGGAACCUGAGGACCUUAGUUCUUCACGUGGUGCUCAGCAGUCUAAACGGCACAAACAGGCUCAGCCGGAUAGUCCGACGCCCCCGGGAAUGUAUCAUCAUCAUCAGCAGCAGCAGCAGCAGCAGCAGCAACAGCAGCAACAGCAGCAUCAAUUACAGGUCCAACAGUACGGAAGCCCCUACGAUCCAUACUCAGCGUGCAGUCCGCGGCUAUCAACCUACAACUCUGGUUCAAAUGCCAGCGGAAGUGCGACGCCAGGUCUUCAUCAAGGGGAAGGAAACACCGUCUACGUAACCAGCGAAGCUCUUCCACCUCUAGCGUCCUCAAGUUCAGCUGCACUUUCCACGACAACGACGUCCUACACCAGGUACGAGGUGGUGCCCAGUUCGUACACCACCCACGCAAUAAGGUCCUCAUCCAGCAGCAGCAAGGUCCUCACCGUAGACCUUCCAAGUCCCGAUUCUGGGAUUGGGGCUGACGCAGUAACUCCAAGACAGGACCACCAUCCUCCGACAGCUUUGCACCAGUCCUCAUUCGACUACACUGAGCUGUGUCCCAGCAAUAACAAUAAUGCAACGACAGUGGUCCUUGAAAGUGGAGCUGUUGUUCAUCAUCAACCUCUCCAGCUCCAAUUACAACAGUCUCACAAUCAGAGCCAGGUCCAGCGGGGACUGGUAAAUCCUUCAGCUUCAGCUUCACCAUCUACUACUCCAAAUCCUCCUAGAUCCAGACCUUGGCACGACUUUGGGCGCCAGAAUGACGCAGAUAAAAUUCAGAUACCAAAAAUUUAUUCAGCGUAUGGGUUCAAGUAUCAUCUGGAGUCACCGAUAAGCACGUCACAGCGACGGGAGGAUGACAGAAUAACGUAUAUUAAUAAGGGUCAAUUUUACGGAAUCACUUUAGAUUAUGUUCCCGAUCCAGACAAACCGCUUUUGAAAACCGGACAAACUGUUAAGAGUGUUGUAAUGUUAAUGUUCCGUGAAGAAAAAAGCCCAGAAGACGAAAUAAAAGCUUGGCAAUUUUGGCACGGUCGGCAGCAUUCAGUGAAGCAACGGAUUCUUGAUGCGGACACGAAAAAUAGCGUUGGAUUGGUUGGCUGUAUCGAAGAAGUCGCUCAUAAUGCCAUUGCUGUGUAUUGGAAUCCAUUAGAAUCUUCAGCAAAGAUAAACGUCGCUGUACAGUGUUUAAGCACGGAUUUUUCAAGUCAAAAAGGUGUAAAAGGAUUGCCGUUACAUGUCCAAGUGGACACAUAUGAAGAACCACCUUCACAUUCUCAUUCAUACACGCCACCUUCUCAUCGUGGUUACUGUCAAAUAAAAGUUUUUUGUGAUAAGGGUGCCGAAAGAAAGACACGCGACGAAGAGAGAAGAGCAGCCAAGCGUAAAAUGACUGCUACAGGCAGGAAAAAGCUUGAUGAAUUGUAUCACUCUGUUACUGAACGCAGUGAAUUUUAUUCAAUGGCUGAUCUUCAUAAACCACCGGUAUUAUUUUCACCACCCGCUGAGCACGCACUUGACAAGCAGUUUUCAACAAUGGAAUUAUCAGGGUUCUACGGCGCAGGAAAUGGCGGUGGUGACACAGACACCUCAUCGCUCAGCAACGGUGAGGGCGGAAUGAAAACAGGAACCAGUAGUCCGUACCCAGGAUGCGGAAGACCAAGUCUUCCAGCUUUGAAAUUUCACAACCACUUUCCUCCAGACAAUCUCACUGGAAUCCACGAUAAAAAAGACUCGCUGCUGAUGCAAGUACAGGAAUUGCAGGGCACCGUUCUUCAAGGAGUUCCUCCAGGUGCUUUGACCUCCACUGCAGGAACUCUCGUCUCCAGUGUCAGUAAUCGUCUGCAUCUUCAGCACCAGACUCAGCAAUCUCACCUCCGUGGAAACGAUUCUGAAGAACGGGUUAUGCUUUAUGUUAGACAAGAAUCUGAAGAUGUCUACACGCCGCUACAUGUCACGCCUCCAACCGUCCAAGGACUCCUCAAUGCUAUUGAAUCAAAGUACAAAAUUGCAUCCUCGAGUAUUAAUAAUCUGUAUCGAAAAAACGCAAAGGGAAUCACGGCGAAAAUUGACGAUGACAUGAUCCGCCAUUACGUCGACGAAGACUUAUUCCUAUUGGAAGUGAGUCACUCAACGACACCGGCUAAUCCGGAAUGUAAUCAAAGCAAUCCAGGGUCACCUGGGGACCCAGAUGACCCCAACGAUUCGUCGUCAAUAGGUUACGAUGUUACACUAAUUAAAUUGCAAACACAAUUAACGCCCCCGCCUCCGUCAUUAUCAUCAUCAACUUCACCCGCGACUGUAAAUUCUCAUAUUCACGGCCACGUUCACGAGGUCACGAAUUCGUGAGCUCUCUGACUGUUUAAUUAAUUAAACUUUUUUUUUAAUUAAUUUAUCAAUU